AGCAUUGACCAAGAGCCGGGUCGGACCGUCACCGAGGUGCCCAUUUCUUCCUGACGGAAGACGCACGUGACCAACGACGAGUCGUGUUCAAUCGUUGUCCCUGCGAUAUUCCACGGUCUGAGGAUAUAGUGGCGACUCAGCGGUGAUACGAAAUUCUUCUCAUUCUCUAAACAUCUGCGCGAUUCCUCGUUAAAAUAUCUGGAUUAAUCUGCUGCGCAAUUGACCAAUAAAAUUUCAAAACACAGUGCCGCGAUGAUCGAGGACGAGUUGAUGUACUUCUCCUCUGUCUUCGACAUGUAAAUAAUGCGACGAUUUUCUAGUCGCACGCGAAUCGCCUCAGGUGAUCAUUCAAAUGUCACGGUGCAUCGUUGGUGAAACUUGAGAAUCCCGGGUAGCACCCUCUCAGUACUACGCACAAGGUAGGAAUCACGUGUACCAAUCGGACGCUCGAAAUAUGACGUCGAAUGCAAUCCGUGGGAUUCGUAGAAAGAAAAGCUCCCUGUGCGAAGUGAAGGUUGCCGUGAUCGGUGCUCCAGGAGUUGGCAAGAGCGCGUUGACCGUGAGGUUCUUGACGAGGAGAUACAUCGGCGAAUACGACCAUCAGUCAGAAAACCGAUACAAACACGAAGUCCUGGUCGAUGGGGAGCCGAUACUCUUCGAAAUUCUGGAUUCUUGUCCAAAGAGUGACGAUGAGCUGCCGACGAUGGAGACUCUGCAGUGGGCCGACGGGCUCCUCUUGGUCUACUCCAUAACGGACAGGGGGUCGUUCAACUUCGUAAGAAAGGCUAAGGAAGCUCUCGCGGUCGCAGACCCCGAGGCAGCGAUGCCUCUCGCGAUGGUUGGUAACAAGGCGGACAUGGUACAUCUCCGGCAGGUCAGCGCAGAGGAGGGCGAAAUUCUAGCGAAAGACUUCGAGUGCUGGUUCAGCGAAGUUACAGCCGCUGAACAGGUUGCACAAGUAGCCGAGUCGUUUCACGAACUUUGCCGCGAAGUUUUGGCGGCCAGAAGAAGAAAUAAACAGUCUCUGCUGGACAGGAUGCUGGGCAGCAAAGCUACGAGAGCUUAUUCCAGAGGAAAGAGCGACUCCGCGCUACCCAAGGACUAGAUAGACUUCUGGAUAUCGAUCUUUGUUCUUGUCAGCGUAUAGUGGAGGACGCGAAUUCGAUCGCUAUGUAUAAUUAUCAGAUGUUUCAUGUUAUUGAGAUGCAAUAUUCAAGAGGUAAAGUAAUUCGACAGUGUUCAAACUUUCGUUCGAAACUUGAGUACCGAAGCUUCGGAAUGAGUGCUUUUAAAUUCUAAUUCGCACUGCUGUCAUACGAAUGAAUUUCAUAAACCACGUUACGUGCGUAUGGAAUGUAUCGAUUUCUCACGCAGGGUAAGAGAUUAUAGAUGGUCGGAAGGAAAAGGAGUUGUUGAUUAGGAUAUACCAGAGAUCUGUUUUAAUAAUAUUUUUUACUUAUCGUAAUACGAAUGAAUGACCGAUUACAUAUAAUAACAAGGCAAUUACAGAAAUAUACAUUCAUAAA